UUUUCAUCCGUGAAUUCUACUGUUCCAACAAAAGAAAAAUGGGAAAGUUUUAACCAAAAUUUUUUGCCGGAUAGAAACAUUGAAAAUAUUUUCCUCAUUUUUCGGUUAUUAAUUACUAUUUUUAUUCUGCCAGAAAAAAAUAAAGAAACCCACACCAAAACCAUCCUUAACCUUUGGCUGGUUGCCUCACGGCGGCGUCCGUCUGAAUCCAUUUUACACAGACAGAGAAUGGUGGUUCGUCUGCGGCUGUCGAGAUUGGGAUGCAAGAACAAGCCUUUCUACCGAGUUAUGGCGGCGGAUAGCAGGUCACCGAGGGACGGAAAGCAUUUGGAAGUCUUGGGUUACUAUAACCCUCUCCCUGGUCAAGAUGGUGGUAAAAGAAUGGGUAUUAAUUUUGACAGAGUGAAAACAGCAAAAUUGCUGAGGAACCAUUUGCUAGUUUCAAGAAACCAGCUGCCUAUGUGGCAUGAUACACGACAAAUCAGUUAUGGAUUUAACAAAUACAUAUUCCUAGCACAUUUCUCAGAAGCACCAAGGUAUUGGCUUUCGGUUGGUGCACAGCCCUCAGAGCCUGUCCAGCGCCUUUUGUUCCGAGCUGGCUUGUUGCCCCCACCUCCGAUGCUCGCCAUGGGAAGAAAGGGGGGCCCACGCGACACGCGCCCUGUUGACCCAAUGACUGGACGUGUUAUGACUGAAGGAAAACGUUACAAUGCUGCAUCUAAAGAAGAACCCGAAGUAGAUGAAGUCGACACAGAUGAUGAAGGCGACAAAGGUUCUAGCUAAUAAUCGGGCAUGACCCCAUAUUUCAGUUCUAAGGAUAAUCCUUCAUUUGGGACUUUUUGAAACAGAACUUGGACUAUUUACAGCUGAUGAUUACAUGUCACUAUGAUGCUUGUAUCAAUGAAAUUAAUUUUUACAUGAAUAAAUUUGGAAGUGCUUUAUUUAUUUUUUUUUUCAUAAAUUCUUGUGUGGGAUGGCCAAACCAUUAGACAGGUCGACUAGUCAUAUUUAGAGAAUGCAGCAUACUUUUGUUAUGAAGUGUCUUAUUUUUGUUUUUGUAGUUUUUUAGAGUAUGCUAUUUUAGGUUAAAAGCAUAUGUAUCCGUUGAAAAAGUAUAAUUAUUGAACCGUUAGAUAUAUCUAACA